UGCUAUGGUCCUAAUAAGUGCUUAAUAGGCUUUAAAUUUGCUCAGAAUCAGAAAUGUUAAUACAUUUUUAAAAUUAAAAUUAGAGUAAAAAGAAUUAUACAAUUACACUACACAAGUCUAUUUUGUAACUUCAUUUCAGAAACACUAGGGCCCUAAUAUACCCAUCUAACGACAAUUUAAUAGGCCUUAUACACUCAAUAGGCCUACUAAAUGGCUUAUAUUCCAUGACUUUGUUUUAUGCAACGCAUCACAUUAUUGUGAAUGAACAGUAAACUCGGUUAAAAUCAUCACCUAUUAAUUAACGAGUCAAAGCGAGGGACAAUUAACUGGCGCUUAUUGGGACUCAAUUGUAAACAAAAUUAGCGUGACUGAUAGUCCAAUCAUAAAACUUAACACUUCCGCAUUACACGGUGAUUCCUGGCUGUACUUUUUAAGUGUGGUUAGUUGUUAAUGACGUGCGGAUGUUGCCUGAACCACUCAGUGGACUUAACAGAUUUCUAUUAGUUUUGCUAAUUUCUAGCACGGUCGUCUGCCAAUGGUAUCAAUAUUCCCGCCCAUCGGGUGAAAUUUACUUUACUGGACAUGAAAUUUUGCAUUGAAGCAUAGAAUUCCUCACCAAUCAGAACGCUCGACGAGCUAUAGGUAUUCUUAAAGCUACACGGCAACUCAUUCGCUGCUCAGAUUCUAGGAUAACUUAACCCACUACUUAAUCAAGGGCAGUGCUAACUACGGUACCUAUCAUCCACGUGUUUGCUUUUCACGGAAUUUAUAGAAAGAGCAUAUAAAUCGACAUCAUGAUAAAUUGGACAUAGAAUAAAAGGAAAUUAAGGAUACUGCUCGAUCAUUUGUUUAAUACGUGGGAAAGAUCGUUCCUGUUUUAUUUGAAAUUGUAUACAGUUCGUAUCUUUUACUCUGAUUGGAAAGGUUUUAAAAACCACAUGUCGGCGUACAAACGGUUGCCCAUUGGAGAUAAAUUAUUGAAAAGCCUUGCAUAGUGGCUUUCAAUAGAAAACAAUAUUGGACAGUAUUCGAUAGUUAUCCAAGCAAUGAGGUAUUCCAUGCUAACGAUUGCGUUAUUCCAUUGCGUUAUUGUUCUAUCAAUACAGGUUACGCACCAACGUGUCAUAGGGGAUGCUGUACAGCCAGAGUCUAACGCAAAUCGAUCGGGGAAAAGGUUAUUAAUUUAUAGCACGAUGAGUUACAAUUUUUUGCGAAUUGCAGGCAAAAAGAAUAUAACAGCUUCUGCUAAAGCCACUGAUCCUUAUGCAGUAGUAAUUACCAACACUGUAAAAGAAGGUUUAACGAUAAUGGGUGAAAAAAGUCACCUAUAUCUAUGUAUCCUAAGCAAAAACGGAAAAAUGAUUGCAAUGAGUUCGCCUACAUCAAGCACCGAUAGAUAUUAUUGUUAUUUCAGAGAAGAUGUAAGCCAAAAUGACCGUACUACGUACGAGCUCGCAAAAAGGCCAGAUUGGAGUUUAAUCUUUUCAAAAGACGGCAGCCCAAGGCGAGCCUAUAGCAAAAGAGACAAUAAAAAGACUGGAUUUAUGAAACUACCGGUAACAACAAAUGGUAACCAGAGGUGAAAGAGCAUGUUGUUAACUCAUCUUUGAUGAGUGGGACGCGACAGAAAUUGUUCAAAUGUAUAAAUUGAUGUAAUUUUUAUAUGAAAUGAAUAAGUUAUAUUAUAAAUUAUCGACUUCCAAGAAGACUUAUAUUUAUAUAUUGUAACGUAACAUUAUGUGAAUUGGAACUGAGCCAGGCGUACUUGACAACAUGACAACCCAGGAAGCGAUUCAAGGGAAAUGCUCUGUACAAUUACUACGAUGUUGACGCGAAUACCUUCAAGAGAACAAACGUGGUAGAAGGAAAAUUCGGACGAAAAUAUAGAAAAACGUCCAACAGGUGUGUCAACACUAACAUUAACAGCACCUCGAACGCGUCAUUCACGCGUCGCACGUGUCGUCAUUUUCAUUGACGUAAGGUCAACUGGACCAAGUGCAACCGCGUGCGUUUUGCCACGCCUAGUCAUUGGCAGAAGUUUCAAAAUGUUAGUCAAGUUCUCUGAUUAAGAGAAUGAUUGGUGACUACGCAGGUCUAUUGAGCCAACCUCGCCCGUGUACGAUUGCCUUGGCAGCGUGUUGGUGUCAAUGAUCCAACUCAAUGUAACGACUGUACUUUAUAUGUGUUUCUUAUCAAAAUCAUAAUAGUCUUUAUCUAUAAUUUAAAAACACAUGAAUUGAAACGACUCAGGAUUUAUUCCUUCGAAUGUUAAGGUAUAACCUAAUGUCAACCUAGGCACUUACCGAGCACUACGUUCUCGGCCUAAACAGUGGUUAGGUAUUGAUAAAUAUAUAUCAGCGAGCAUAACAUUUUAGACCAACUGGAAGGCUUAAUCUUUCGCAUUGUUGAUAUUUAUAGUGCUGUGGAAGACGGAGGAGAUAUGAAUUGAGAUAGAAAAAUAUUUUUGUAUUUAUUCAAAGAUUAGCUAAUGUAAUUCAACUUUUCUUUGUAAAUGAUUAUGAGAAAUAAGACAGAUAGGCCUUUUUCCAUAUUUCUUAUGAAAAAAAUAUACAGAAACACUAUCUACCGAAAAAGUAUUACGUCGUAUUCGUGUGACGUCAUGACGCGCUACGAAAUGAUUUACGUCACAUCCAAUUUAUGACGAAAUAUGAAAUAAUGACAUCACACAAUACGACUUUAUAGGCCUACAUAAGACGUAGUUUAUAUUAUAUACCGUAUCUAUAUGUCGCGAGUUAAUAUUGAAUUGAAAACCCAGUUAUAUUAUUCAAGCUACACGUAUCAGUCCCGUUUGUAUUCAUAGACCGUUGUUUAUAUUAUCUGCCAUCAAUUCUAUUCUAUUGUUGCAAUGUUAAGUUGCUUUCUUACGACCUAUUGCCCAGAACACGCGCACAAUCUUUUAAGCUCGGUUUACACGAUUUUUAAUUUCAAAAUCCCUGCACACACUACUAGCACGCUUCAUAAAAACACAAGAGCCGGCUAUUUCAUCACUACUGCCGCAUUUUCUUCUUUCGAAAAAGCUGAGCUGCAUCGUAGCUCGUGAUGCCGCGUCAGCAAGCUUUUACAAACAUGUACAGUAUUUCUAAUGUGUUCAUUGUAAUCGGUUUACACUAAAAAUCAUGGAAGACUGCGUCUAAAUUACUAUAGUGUAAAUCAAGCUUAAAAGUCAGUGUCGGAUUCUGGAAUUCGAAAUAGUGGGGACGGGGUCCAGGAAAUAUUAAUUUUACCAUGGGUGAGGAUGAGGUCUGAAAUCGUAUGGCUAUUGCAUCUCUCCAGAUUGCCUGAAACGGUACUCUCAGAAUCUGAAUGUAAUAGGCCUAUUAUUUUUUCUGCAUUCAAGUUUUCACAAAUGAGGGGGGGGGGAGCGGGGAUUGAAUCUUCCCCUGAUAUCAUCUAGAAUGUGAUUACGUGCUGCAGGACAGUACAUCGCAGGACAGAGGUGACUGGACUAUUUAUGCGUAUUAAAACAGGCCUACAACGAAUGGUCGUGAGCAAGCAACGAUAAAUAUAAAAUAACAGAUUAGAUUUGGAGAUCAGAAUAUUGUAACAAAAUAUAAAUUGAUCGUUACUAGUUGCAAUGUUUCAAGACUAUAUAUGGUCGUUAAAGUUUCAUAUAGGCCUCUGUACUGAGAAUUGGUAUCUCAUAAUUAUUUUAAAACUAUGAAAACACGAUGAGGUCUGUGUCGUGCCACGUUUAAUAUUGCAGGAAUUUUUAUGGGCUGCGCAACAGGGUAUUUUGGUUAUGUUUUUUUUUUACAGUGAGGGUGUCAAAGGCCUAUACAACAUAAAGUCAAUUGUCCUUUAUUGUUAUCAUCAGUUUACAUUAGUGACUGACGACAAUCGUUUACAAAAUUGAUAUAAUAGUUUUCUACUAUUAUUCAUUAUUGUUAGGCCAGUCAUCAGUAUUUAUUUAUUCUUAUUAUUAGCAAUACUGUUAUCAAUGCCUAUCUAAUUACUUUUAGCUUAUUGGGUAUAAAAACUGUUAUUAUUAAUAUUAUUAUAUUUAUAUGUAUUAUUUAUUAUUACUAUUAUUUAUUGUAUGUAUUAUUAUCAAUUAAUAAUAUUGUUAUUAAUAUUGAUAAUAAUGAUAUUAAUAUUAAUAUUGUUAUAACAAUGACAUUAUUGUUAUUUCUAUUAUAUUAUUAUUAUUAUUAUUCUUAUUAAUUCAAUAUUAACAUUUCCAAUUAAAUCAGGACAAACCUCCAUGGACAAACAGAGUAUUCUUAUUCACAUACCGUAGGCCUAUAUUGCAUCUCGAUAUGUGCGAUGCACUAUGAAUCGAUUAUAUAAAAUGCACAUUUAAAAAUGUCACAAAUUACCAUAAACAACUCUAUAUAGGCCUAUCAUAGCUGUUUUAAUUGUUUUAUUAGGCACUUUACUCGAGAGGAUGGGGAGACGUCGGCAACGGCGAUUCUGGUAAAUUAAAGCGCCCUAGUGUUUAUUGUGGUCUUCACGCUCUGAUGAGCACAAAACCACCGUCCACCCGUGUACCCGUCCUGUUGCGUAAAGUGCCUACUAAUACUAUGAAGCAUACCAGUAUAAGAAUGUGUAGGCCUGCUAAAAUCAAAGCUCGGGACAGGUCUAUUUGUGUACACACGAUCACUGACAGUCUGAUGCCUGUUUCUAUAACUAGGGAGUUUUAAUUCACAUUGAAUAGUUAUAAUAAGACAAAUAUUAUAUAAUAUCAUUUAACUUCCACUCAAGGUGAAAGGUCGAACGAGACUGUUUACCGUUACUUGAUACGUUGUCAAAACAAAUAAACUUGAAUCAUGCCUAUUUUGUAA